AUGUCGAAAGUCCAUAUGAUCUUCAUGGAAGAAAAGUGGGAAUGUUCUCUUGUCAGUACGCCGACUUUGAUCUCAGUGUUGAUUGAUGCUCUGAUGCCGGCAGAGGCCGAACACGUUAAAACGUUGCUUGACAUGCCUAUCGAGUUGGCGAGUGGACCGAUGACUGCCCAUCCGAUAUCAUUCAGUGAUGAUGCAAACGACGACGGUAUGAACAAUCAAGAAACCCAACCGGUUGAGCCCACAAGUGGACCGUUCACUGCCCAUCCGAUGUCAUUCAGUGUUGAUGAAAACGGCGACGGUAUGGACAAUCAAGAAACCCAACUAGUUGAGCCCACAACUGGACCGAUUACUGCCCAUGCGAUGUCAUUCCGUGUUGAUGCAAACGACGGCCCCAUGGAAAUCAAUCAAGAAACUCAACUGGGUGGCAAUGAAUCCGAAGAGGUUCCUUUGGUGCUCAACACGCAAAUUGGCAGUUCUGCUACAUUAACACCUUCACAGGAUUGUGUUUACCAGCACCUAGUUCCUAAUAGCACCGAGGAGAACAAACCUUUCAUGGUGGGUGUAAUUCCACAGUCAAAAUCGUCUAGAAAUUUGGAUUAUGUUCUUGGGGAGGCUACAGCUAAGCAUGGCAGAACUUUGUAUUGCAAAGUGGAUACUAUGGUGCCCUUCACGUUCUCCUUUCCCACAAGAUGCGGUCCUUCAUCACACAUACGUGUUUGUGCUGAGUAUGUGGAUAACUCACUAAAGGGCAUGCCCGUUGAGCGUUGUCCGAAUCACUUGGCAAAGGAUUUCAGUGAUAUGAAGAUGAAUUUCGUGAGAUGUGACCAUGCGCAGACUGAAUAUCUCGAUUCCAAUGAGAAUUAUGCGCUGCGUAUUCCUGUGUGCCAGACGACUGCUUUCAUGUUCACAUGCUUCAGCUCCUGUGCUGGUGGCAUCAACCGUCGUCCAGUUCAGCUCACCUUCACACUUGAAGGAGUAGAUGAAAUGCGAGUGGAGACGAUGAGGAUUCCUUUCAAAGUUUGUUCCAUCCCUUCGCGCGAUGCAUCCAGGGAUGAUGAGAGAUUCUUCGAACAUGAUGUUGGAAUAGUGCCUAAUAGUCAAGUGAUUCAGCGCGAGAAGCUUCAGAGAGGUGGUAAUGGUAAAAGCAAGAGAGUCCGUUCCGAAAGGUAUCCUGUUCGCUCUAGCCAUCAGAACAAAUUUCGUAGAGCUGGUAAUGGUAAAAGCAAGCGUGUCCAUUUCGAAAAGCACCCUGUUGGCCCUAGCCAUCAAAUCGAACUUCAUUUCAACGACCCAGAAAAGGCGCUCAAAUGCCUGUGGUUCCUACAACACGAGGAAAAAUUCGAUCAAUUGAUUUGCAUGGAGAUAGAGGGAAAUCCAUUCCAAGAUAUCUGUGUGGUAACACGCGGCACUCUUAUCAAAGCGUGGCUCACUAAACGAAGCAUAGGACUUGCUUCGCAUGCUGACAAGUUCGAAAGUCAGUCGAUCUUCACGAUGGGUGAUCUCGCUAGUGUUUAUCGCCGUGACACAUUUGCUCGUCUUGGCUUCGAUCCCGAUCAGUGUGCCGUCUUAAACAAAGCCUUUAACGAUUGGUACCGCGUGAUCAGGUCAGAGAUCUGUGUUAUUCUUAUCUUUGCACAAGCUGACGUCCUGCUAUUUCAACAGGAAGCACGGAAUGAACAAGUGGUCACAGGCAUUACCCUCAAACUCCGUGGGAUCCUUCAGUCGUUCAUGUCGAUUGAUAUAGAUUGGCGUUCAAAAUGGCUUACCUCUGUUUUAGUGAUGUUCCGAUCCAUUUAUGUUUGUGUUGAAAUUGUCAUUUGUGCUGGUUCAAUGGCCUUUGUGUAG